AUCAUGUUUUUUUAAAUUUAUUUUUUAUGUUUCACACGCCUAUCUCUAUCCUAGUCCAGGGGUGUAAUCAUUUGUCCAAAGAAAAACAAGAGUUUCUAUUGGACAAAUUCAUGUCGAUCACGUUAAAAGAAACGUCUUGCAACAGAAUCGGCCUAAUGAAUAGGCCCAGUUGAGGUUAAACUUCGACAAGGGUAUUUUUUUCAAGGGGGAGGCCAGAACGAGAGUUCCCAUGUUUUGUUGCCUUUCAUGUUUCCUCUCCAAUCAGCCGUGAGCGGGCGUUUUAAAAGGCGUUUCCUUUCCUCUAGUUCACUGCAAAAACAAUGAAACCCUUUGAAGGGAGAGACAUUUUAAGACCGAUAUAGACAUUUGAAGACAGAUAGACUGGACAAUGCGCUGUGCCUUCUCCUGUGUUCUUUUUUUUUACGUCAGUGCCUGUGACACGUAGCUUGGGUUCACUAUUUUGUCAACUUCAAAGCCACAACGAUUUAUGUUGAUUCUCUUUAUUUCGAAGGGCAAAACAGAAUGAAUUUUAGAAAUGUUCGUUGACUUAUGAAGGAUUUAAAUAGCAUGCUGUAAAAUAGUAGGAUAUUUUGUUUAGACGCGCGACAGUCGUAAACCGUAGCCUAUUGCCAAGCAAUCGAGGUUGAUGCAAGCCAAUUGCCGUCGGCAGAGUUGAUUGGUCUUUGGGAAGUUAUCCGACGUGGAGGAUCGAUUACAUUCAAUGAAGGACACCUAUGAGUUGGAAAUAAAGUUUAACUACAGUUCUGCAAACUCAUCGCGCAGUAGGCUAAAAUCUUGUUUGGGAGCGGCUCGUUUAUCUUGUUUUUAAGGACUUUUUUGUAAAGCAAUGGUGGGCAGACUAAACUUGCUGAAUGUAUGUGACAACGACCCAUUGGACAUGAGCUGCAAAGCCGAGCGGGGACUUGACAGCCCGGACUCCGGACUACCCCCCAGCCCCAGUCCGAGCCACUGGCUGUUGCCUGACUGCAGAGAUAAAGGUGCCAUAAGCCCGGUGUCUGAAGACGAGAGCAGAGGGUCAUCCUUGGUCCCCAUUUUAUCGAUUGGAUCUGUUCCUCAGCUGCACACCUUGUCCUACGGGGAGGGCAUAGAACUUGAUCCACUACUGACCAAGGAAAUACGAUACACAUCGUCUGUCCACUAUGACUCAGAGCGUCACUUUAUCCAUGACAUGGCCAUGCAGCCCAGAGGCCUGGGUCUGGAGAACUGCAGCCAGAUGGUCCUGGCUGUCCCUCACAGCACCUGGAGACACUACAAGACCCAGCUGGACUUCCAGCCUCGCCAACGGGCCCAGCGCUUCCAGAGCACCACCAUCGUCUUCCCCAAGCACGCUCGCACCAUCUACACAACCGAGUUGAGCUACGACAGUCGCCGGCUUGCCAGGAGAUUCAUGUCGCGGGUGGAGCUGGAGGCUGCUGACCGGAGUAGGCUACCCCAGUAGGUUAGGGGAAGACUGGGCACGGCCUGGGGGAAAAUUCCCUGGGCCAUAUGGGGGCCAACCAUCCACCAGGCUGACAUCACCAAUGGACCCAGGUUACAGACAGUCAUCUAUUAGUUUAGAUUGGAAAGCAUUGUAGCCCACGUUUGAGUACUAGUCUCAAGAGGAGGGAGGAAUCUGAUCUGGAGUAUGAAACAAAUAGCAGGGACAUCUGUGUGAGGCUGCCAUCUACCAAAGGGUUUAUCCAUUAGUAGCUAGUAAAUAUAUUUCUCUGGUAUGUCAAAGUUGGAUUCCGUUUAAUGCAGAGUGUUGAACUGUGGACUGAGACCGGUGAUAGUGUAUACUAUCACCGUGGAGGAACUUGUAAACCAGAUUUGGAAGUGAAGGAUUGUUAGGGAAGUGUAGUCCGGACCAUCACUGUGAAAACAUUGUGUUUAGGCCUAACCAUUGCAGUGAGGCUCAAUGAACAAUGACCCUACAUUAUAAGAUUUUAAGGCAAUAGUGGAGUUUCCAUGUGGCUUUUGUAAGUAUUCACAUUUGUAGACACACAGGGAGUUGUCAAAUUACUGGGCUUUAAAAUCUCCAAAUCACAGGGUAUUAUGGGGUAUUGGUUGCACAACAUUACUUACCACAAGCAGAAUAUCCUAGCCUAUAUAGUGUAACACCAAACCCCAUCUUAGUCUUGCCUAAACAUACACAUUGUCAUUUACUGUAAGUAUGGUCAUGGAGCAGAAAACCAGUUUUCUUUCAAAUUGUGUAAAAGUGUUUUUUUUCUCCCCACAGAGAUCAUUGAAAAUUGAUGAAGUUGAUAUUAGUUGGUAAUGAGUAGCAAGAGAUUAUCCAAUGUGUCAUUAUUGUUCUGUUAUACAUUUUUAGCAUUUUCCUAAUAGUGAAAUAUUGUUUUUACCAACAUCUUGUGAACUGUCCCUCAACAGUUCAUUAUCUUUGCCUAUCACCUUCUGGUUGCUUCCAUAUGUAUUGUUUUAUGUAUUUAUUUGAUGCUCUUCAACUCAAGCCUAAUAGCAAUACACGGCUAUCUUCCCUCAAGGUCCUACAAGGAUGCACAUCUAGAGAACUUGAACUGUCUUGAGAUAAGUGCCUUAUUGAAGUCAAAUGGUAUUGCUUUUAAGCUCUGAUGUUUUAUAGCAGAUUUGAGAAGUUAUAAAAAAAUGAUUGUGUACUCAAUGCAAUACAUCAAUUCACAACAUAAUCUUGUCAGUAUCAGGAUUUUGUUUUGGUUAUCAAUUAGGGAUGUUCCUAGAUGAGUAGAGCUUCAAUUUUAGUGCAAUUACACCAACUCUGAUUGAGACAGCUAUGCCAUCUAUAGAGAAAGUGCUGCACAGAACCAGAAUUAUUAGUUUGAUAACAGCCCCACCUAGAUGUGGUGGUGUGUAAUGGCACCACUGCUCUCCAAGUGUCCCUUGAACAGCCCCAAGCAGUCUAUCACCCCUUGCUGUGAGGCCAGGUAGCGUUUCCUCUGGUUGGGCUUGGUGGGUACCAGCAUCUGGCCAUAUCAACGGUGUUUCCUCCUUCCAUUUCAUUGCCUCUCGUUGGGAUUUAUUGGGGCAGAGGCUGGUCAGACUCCUGGCCUUGGUCUUUUUGCCGUUGUAACCCUUGAAUAUGGGUUUGGACCGUGUGGAGGUGCCGUUGAUGGCCUGUUGCUGCUCAGUGUUAGUGAGUUAAUCUGCUGUGAGUGCAGGACGGCAAAUUGGGUUAAGUUGUUUUGAUUUCACAGCACUAUCACUCAAUACACAUCUGUGUUAAAAAAAUGAAGCUUUAAGCUAAUCAUUGUUUUAAUAAGAGUUGACAGGUAGCCUAGCGGUUAAAUGCGUUGGACCAGUAACUGAAAGGUCGCUGGUUCACAUCCCAGAUGCCCUUGAGCAAGGCACUUAACGCUAAUUGCUCUGAAUAAGAGCGUCUGCUAAAUUACUUAAAUAUAAAAAUGUGCAAUACGCAUAAGUCGCUCCACAAUUGUCUUGGUUGCUAAAAUGUUAAGUUAACCUAAUUUCCGUUUGA